CCUCAUAAUAUACACUAUAUUGUCAAAAGUAUUGGGACACCCUUCCAAAUCAUUGGAUUCAAGUGUUCCAAUCACCUCCAUGGUCACAGGUGUAAAAAUCAAGCAUCUAGGCAUGCAGACGGAUUCUACAAACAUUUGUGAAAGAAUGGGUCGCUCUCAGAAGCUCAGUGAAUUCAAGCAUGCUACUGUGAUAGGUUACCACCUGUGCAAAAAGUCCAUCCGUGACAUUUCCUUUCUACUAUAUAUUCCACGGUCAACUGUUAGUGGUAUUAUAACAAAGCGGAAGCAACUGGAAAAAACAGUAACUCAGCCCGCCACUGGACUCUAGAGCAGUGGAGACAUGUUCUCUGGAGUGGCCAAUCAUGCUUCUCUGUCUGGCAAUGCGAUGGACAUGUCUCGGCUUGGCAGUUGCCAGGAGAACAGUACUUGCCUGACUGCAUUGUAACAAGUGUAA